AAUUUUGAUUUGUUAGCAAAAUUGCAACCAUUCUGCUCCACAAUAUGGUUGUUAAGGUUACUGUUCAUUUCAUUUAUUAUUAUUUUUUUAGCAUGUAACUUUUGCAUUAUUGCCUCUCGUGAUGGCCCUUCUGUUGUCAGAUUUUCCCAAUUUUUUGUUUCUCCGCUCAUGAAAAUUGAAGCCAUGGAACGGGAAGUCCUUGCUGUGGAUUCAGAAUUUAACCAGGCUUUGCAAAAUGAUGCCUGUCGCCUUCAACAACUCCAGUGCCAUACAUCUGGACCAGGUCACCCAUUUAACAGAUUCUUUUGGGGAAAUAAAAAAAGCUUAGUUGAUGCCAUGGAGAAAGGGAUCAACCUGCGGGAACAUAUUAUGAAACUGUAUAAAGAUCACUACCAUGGUGGGUCAAUGAAGUUAGUGGUUAUUGGAGGAGAUUCUCUUGAUGUACUUGAGAACUGGGUUGUGGAAUUGUUCUCCAAUGUAAGAAAAGGUCCUCAAGUGAAGCCAGAAUUCAGGGUGGAAGCUCCUAUCUGGACAGCUGGUAAACUUUACAGGUUAGAGGCAGUUAAAGAUGUUCACAUACUCGACUUGACAUGGACGCUGCCAUGCCUUCGUCAAGAUUAUCUGAAGAAAUCAGAAGAUUAUUUAGCCCACCUCCUUGGGCAUGAGGGCAGAGGGAGCCUACAUUCUUUUCUUAAACUUAGAGGAUGGGCAACUUCUCUAUCUGCUGGUGUCGGAGAUGAAGGAAUGUAUAGGUCAUCUGUUGCGUAUAUAUUUUGCAUGUCCAUACACCUAACAGACUCUGGCUUGGAAAAGGUUUUUGACAUCAUUGGCUAUGUCUAUCAAUACCUUAGGCUACUGCAUAAGUUUUCUCCUCAGGAAUGGAUAUUUAAGGAACUGCAGGAUAUUGGAAACAUGGACUUCAGGUUUGCAGAGGAGCAACCUCCGGAUGAGUAUGCUGCUCAGCUUGCAGAGAAUUUGCUUGUUUAUCCGACGCAGCAUGUUAUUUUUGGGGACUAUGCGCAUGAGAUUUGGGAUGAAGAAAUAAUAACUUCUGUUCUGGGUAUAUUUACACCAGAGAAUAUGCGGAUUGAUAUUAUAUCGAAGUCCAUUAAUUCACAAGAAUUCCAAAAUGAGCCUUGGUUUGGAUCUCGUUACACAGAGGAAGAUAUUCCUCCAUCACUGAUGGAAUUAUGGAAGGAUCCUCCUGAAAUUGAUGUUACAUUGCAUCUGCCUUCAAAGAAUGAAUUUAUUCCUCGUACUUUUUCUAUCCAUGCCGACAAGAGAAAUGAUCUUGCAAACUUAUCUUCUCCUAGAUGUAUUAUUGAUGAACCGCUGAUAAAGUUCUGGUACAAGCUUGAUAAUACUUUCAAAGUUCCUCGUGCGAAUGCGUACUUCCGAAUAAACCUGAAAGGGGGAUGUGGUGAUGCCAAGAGUAGUCUUUUAACAGAGCUAUUUGUUGAUCUUCUGAAAGAUGAUUUGAAUGAGACAAUAUAUCAGGCCAGUAUGGCGAAGUUGGAAACUUCUGUAUCUGUUGUCAAUGACAAGCUAGAGCUAAAAGUUUAUGGUUUUAAUGAUAAGCUUCCAACUCUUUUGUCUAAGCUCUUAUUGAUAGCCAAGUCUUUCCUGCCAGCAAAUGAUCGUUUUAAGGUUAUUAAGGAGAAUAUGGAGAGGAAACUGAGAAAUGCAAAUAUGAAGCCUUUAAGUCAUUCAACAUACCUGAGACUACAACUUCUGUGUAAAAGUUUCUAUGACGUGGACGAGAAGCUGCGCAUUCUAAAUGAUCUGUCUUUUGAUGAUCUGAUAGCAUUUAUUCCCGAGUUUCGUUCCCAGCUAUAUAUUGAAGGCCUUUGCCACGGUAAUUUGUUAGAAGAAGAAGCAAUUAAUAUAUCAAAUAUCUUUAAGAGUAAUUUUCCUGUGGAACCACUCCCAUUGCAAAUGAGGCAAGGAGAGAAUGUACUAUGUCUUCCUUCUGGUGCAAACCUCGUAAUGGAUGUCAGUGUGAAGAAUAAAUCUGAAACCAACUCUGUCAUUGAGCUAUACUUCCAAAUUGAGCCUGAGGAAGGAAGAGAAACAGCAAAAUUGAAGGCCUUUGUUGACCUCUUCGAUGAAAUUGUGGAAGAGCCACUUUUCAACCAGUUAAGAACAAAAGAGCAGCUCGGUUAUGUUGUCGAAUGUAGCCCCCGGAUAACAUAUCGCAUUCAUGGAUUUUGUUUCUCUGUUCAAUCGUCCAAGUACAAUCCAGUUUAUUUGCAGAGUAGGAUUGAUAGCUUCAUAAAUGGACUGGAAGAAUUGCUGGAAGGGCUUGAUGAUGAAUCAUUUGAUGAUUACAAAAAUGGGCUAGUUGCGAAGCUACUGGAAAAAGAUCCAUCUCUCACAUAUGAAACAAAUCGAUUUUGGGGUCAGAUUGUUGAUAAAAGGUAUAUGUUUGACAUGUCACAGAAGGAAGCAGAUGAACUCAGAAGCAUUCAGAAGAAGGAUGUUAUUGACUGGUACAGAACGUAUUUUCUCAAGUCAUCCCCAAAGCGUCGGAGACUAGCAGUUCGUAUAUGGGGCUGCAACACAGACAUGAAAGAGGCUGAAAAACAACAAAAGUCUGUGUAUGUCAUUAAAGAUGUGAUGGCCUUCAAAAUGUCGGAAAAGUUCUAUCCAAGCUUUUGUUGAGCACUUUGUUUUUUGGUUACAUGGCAUACCUAGAAAUUUGGUACCAUUGAAGCCUUAAUUUGAUCAAGGUGAUCCAUUUGAAAAUUAUUUAUUUUGACCUUAGAGAAAAAUAAAAAUUUCAAGAACAAUGACAGGACCAUUUGUUAUUGAUUAAUCCUUGGACGCCACAUUUUUGUUUCAAUAGACAAGAAUAUGAAAGGUAUUAGAGUCAUUUUUUGGAUAUUUUGUUUUUCGUUGGGGAUCUCCUGUUGUCUGUACUCUUACUGCACGUUUGUUUCAAUUAAAUUUCCAUUCUUUUAUCAUUCUUAGUACCACAUGCAUACAUGAUAUAUAUAAUAUCUACAUAUAGUUUUGUAAAUGAAUAGAAAUUGAACUGAACUAUGUGCAAGUGUGUCAUUUAAGUGGCACUCUUUCCUGAACUGAUCAAUCUAGAGCAGCCUAACCAAAUUAAAUUGAUCUAAAAAGAUGUGAAUCCUUCAUUUAUUAUUUUGGUUAGGACUGACCUGCAAGAUAUGAAUCAUUUCAAAUUAAUUAUUUGGAUUGGGAUUGAUUUUCUCGUGUUGAAAGGCAGUGAGUGAGACUGGUUGGAUGCUUGCGGUGUCUUGUGCAAUCUCAAGCAAAAAACAGUGGCAAUGGUAAGAAACUGGGAGGUAUGUUAUUUAUAUCUUUAUUCUUGUUCUACAACUCUUUCGAUAAAUUAUGGUAAGAAUGCAGAUAGCAUCAUCUGCAGGAAAAGAUAUCAUUUUGAUUUGGACGACAGGACCAGAAGGAACUGAAUAGUGAAUUGAAAUAAUAAACUGCUAAUAAAUUUUAGUUUUUAACUGUAUGAAGUUGUGGAAACAAUGGAUGAAGAAAA